AUGGCCAGUCUGCGCGCCUGGUUUCGCGGCACAUCCGCUGCCCCGACCUCAAAGCCUACCUCCAAGUCCACGACCCCCAACUCCAGCCCACGACCCAGCACAUCCAGCCGAGAUGGCAGAACAAAGCCAGUCGAAAGCCUCGUCGAGCGUCGAGCCCGGGAUAUCGAAGAUGCAAUGGCGGCCGCCGAACUUAUCAUGAACGACGACAUGGAGGGUGCCGAUGUGCGGCUCCGUCUGAGAGAGGACUCUUCUACGUUUCAUCAGUUCGGUUUGGGCGUCUCGACGUUUGUGAGGAGCAUUCUUGGAUUCGAGAAGGAAACAAUGACAGAGGCUGCCAAUCGGCUGAAUGAAACCGAAACCCGAGCAUCGGAAGAUAUGAAGAGGGUACAAAAAGAAGCAGCAGUUCCUGGAUGGCAGGGAAGCAAGGUCUAUCCCCCGGGAUCCGAGUUUGCCCUUGUCCAUGCUGAAGCCCAGGUGAUGAAUGCCGUGGUCGGCGUCAUGCAUGAAAGUUUGACGGAGGCAAUUAAAGGCUUUUACAAGUUGCGCAAGGCCUAUGUCACGCUAAAUAGCAUUAUCGAGGCCGAGGAGCGGUAUCUUGCUUCUGCUGGGGUUGCUCUUGGUCAUGAGAAGCCAUCUCCGCGGCGACCAAGUUUUGCUGAGGAUCCCAUGCCUGGGACGUUUGACGAGUCGGAGUUCGCAGAUUUAGAAGACUCACAACCAGACAGUCAAGAUUGGACAUUAGUCGCUAACAACAAGAGUCCGACUUCUAACGGUUCCGCGACGGUGGUACCGGAUGCUACAGAGUUGAGCGAGAAACUCGACGGUCUAAGCGUUAGCUCAGAGUCCCUGAAACCUCCACAGCCUUCACCAUCACAGUCCAAUUCGCAAUUACGUGCCAGAAAUGGUUCGAACCACCUCGACUCUGAAAAGGAUCUCUUCAAAUCUACCGCCGAUAUCUGGGUACACAGCGGUGCAAACAUGUGCUUCGGUGUCAUGCUUCUGCUCCUCUCUCUCGUGCCACCGGCCUUCUAUCGUUUGCUGUACAUUAUCGGAUUCAAGGGCGACCGCGACAAAGGACUUCGCUUAUUGUGGCAGUCCACCAAAUUCCCAAACAUCAAUGGCGCCAUGGCAGGAUUAGUGCUGCUCAACUACUACAAUACCUUCCUCGGCAUGGCAGAUAUCCUUCCCUCUGACCAUGAUCUCAACGAACUUCCUGGCUCCAUUUCGGACAAUAACGGCACUAGCAUCCGUGAUGAUGAACUAGAAACAGUGGGGUAUCCGGUAGAAAGGUGUGCCUCUUUGCUUGCUGAGUUGAGGAAGCGGUACCCUGACGCCGGUCUUUGGAAGUUGGAAGAAGCGCGAAUGCUGGCCAAUUCGCGAAGGCUUGAUGAGGCCAUCCAACUCCUGUCUACUAAUAUGGAUAACAAGAUGCGUCAAAUUACAGCACUGAACAACUUCGAGCUCAGCAUGAGCACUCUUUACGUCAUGGAUUGGCCUGCAAUGCGAGACAAUUUCUUGAGGUGUGUUGAGCUGAACAAUUGGAGCCACGCAUUGUAUUACUACAUUGCCGGCUGCGCAGAGAUCGAGAUGUACCGCGAUAGUUUCCAUCGUGCUGCAGCUCUUCAAGGAGACGAUAAGCAAAAGGAGAGGAUAUCUCUUCAGGCAGAAGCUCUGAAGCACAAGAAGAUGGCUGAGGAAUAUCUGCGCAAGGCGCCCACCACGGCCGGUAGGAAGCGGUUCAUGACACGCCAACUGCCGUUUGAGGUGUUUGUAUGCCGGAAGCUGCAGAAGUGGGAAGAGAGAGCCAAGAGUUUGGGAAUUGACCUUGCCGAUGCUGUCGCCGUCAGUCCUGCGAUGGAGAUGAUCUAUCUAUGGAAUGGUAGCAAACGGAUGGCGCCCAAGUACCUGGAGAAGGCUAGGACUCUUUUGUCGUGGGACCGCUGCACCACGACAGCAGAAAAGGUGGCCAAGAUCAAGCAGGAACAGGAUGAGGUUGCGAUCGCUCUGCUCUCAGAAUCAGCGCUGUUGAGGCAGCUGGGUAGAGGACAAGAGGCGCGGGCUUUGGUUGAACCUCUGUUAACCAUGGACAAAUAUGCAUUCAAGGGCGCCACACGAGACGACUACUGCCAAGCUGCAGCUCACUACGAAGUCGCCGCAAUAGCGUGGAUGGAUCUUUGCAAUCCUUCUUCCUGGCCGAAUGGAUCUGCUGCGGAUGUCGACGCUUUUCGUCAGCAAAAGGCGAAUGAGUGUCAGCAGUACCUCGACAAAGUCUCUAAAUGGGAAGGCUUUGUCUUAGACGCCCGCUUUGGGAUGAGGGUCAAGGCCGGCUUGGAGACAGUACAGUGGCUGAAGGCUAAGAGGAAGUGGGCAUGA